AUGCUGGACAUGGGCUUCGAGCCUCAGAUCCGCCGCAUCGUGGAGCAAGAGGGCAUGCCCACGGACCGCCAGACCUUCAUGUUCUCCGCCACCUUCCCCCGCGACAUCCAACGCCUGGCCGCCGAUUUCAUGAAGGACUACAUCUUCUUAGCUGUCGGCCGCGUGGGCUCGGCCUCCAAGGAUGUGAUCCAGAAGAUCGAAUACGUGGAGAUGCACGACAAGAUCCACUACCUGGUCACCUUCCUGAGCCAGUGCGACGACUCGGGGCUUAUCCUCAUCUUCGUGGAACGGAAGCGGGACGCGGACUAUUUAGAGGGCCUUCUCUAUAAGCAGGGCUUCCCCUGCGCCUCGAUUCACGGGGACAAGACCCAGCGGGAGCGCGAAGAGGCGCUGCACUACUUCAAGACGGGUCAAUGUCCCGUGUUGGUGGCGACGGACGUGGCUGCCCGCGGUCUCGACAUAUCCAACGUGACGCAAGUCAUCAACUACGAUCUGCCCAACAACAUCGACGACUACGUACAUCGCAUCGGCCGAACCGAACGGGCAUGA